UAGCCGCUGUUGAGAAAUCUGUCGUUGAGAGAAUAUGCUUUUUAGACUUUCGACACAAUUUUCCUAUCUAUUUUUGUUUAGUAAAAAGGUGCUGCUGUAAAUAGCAGAGGGGAGAUCUUGUUGAGUCAGUUGAGAUAUACAUCUCGAUCCUCCCGCAUCCUAUUUGAGUUCCACUGCAAUCUUUAGUUCUUAAUCAUAGGAUACCUUAUUUUACUAGAUGCAAACUGAAAAAUUAAUAAAGUAUUAGCGCCGUCCACAGACAAAAAAACAUGUGUACAACAAGAAAUCUGUGUGAUCAAGACAGAGAAUAACAAGGAGUCAUUUACACAACGCAGUGGCAGCUGAAGCCCACCAACUAUGGCAGACUCAAGCUUUCUUGCAACAAAGAGGACGUCUUGAUUUUCUGGUCGUUGAAUGAAUAUCUAGAGUUCAUGAUUAUAAUAAAAUUUUAACCCCGUCUAGUAACAAGCGUCCGGUGUUGAAAAAAUGCUAGACGUAUGCUAUAAUCCAGGCUGCUGGAUAUUCAUCCACGGCCAGAACAAGAUGGCAGGCCGGUUAAGAGGGCCGCUGGAUAUUAAUCCGCGGCCAGAAGAUGGCAGGCCGGUUAAGAGGUCCUGCGAUACCCAUGUCAGGGACGAAGACCCAAAAAAGAGUUGGUUGAUUUAAAAUGUUGAAAAGUGAAGUUAUAUUUGAUGAAUGAGUUUGCAUGAAUAGGUAUGCAGUGGUGACAGGAGGAAACAAAGGAAUAGGCUUAGAGAUAUGCAGACAAUUAGCUUUUAAUGGGGUCACAGUGGUAUUAACUGCUAGAGAUAAGAAGAAGGGAAUGGAGGCUGUCGAAAAUCUUCACCAAUCCGGUCUUGCGGACUUUGUGAUAUUCCAUCAGCUUGAUGUGCUGGACUCAGCCAGCAUUGCUUCUCUUGCAGAUUUUGUCGAGUCCCAUUUUGGAAAGCUUGAUAUCUUGGUGAACAAUGCAGCAACUGUUGGGCUUAUAUUGGAUAGCAAUGCUGUAAAAGCUGCAGUGUUCAAUGCGAAAGGACCCCUAAUAAACUGGAAUGAGGUAUCAACCCGGACCUAUGAUACUGCAGAAGAAUGCAUAAAAGUAAAUUACAAAGGUGCAAGAAAGAUGGUUGAUACGUUUCUUCUCCUUCUUCAGUUAUCUGAUUCGCCAAGGAUUGUCAAUGUCUCCUCCAUGACCGGGGUGCUAAAGUUCGUAACUAAUGAGGGUGCCAAUCGAGUUUUGAGUGAUGCUGAAAACCUUACUGAAGAGCGAGUGGACAGACUGUUGCAGGAAUUUCUACAAGAUCUUAAAGAAGGUGUGUUAGAAACCAAGGGCUGGAACUCUUAUCUAUCUGCCUAUACAUUAUCCAAAGCAGCCUUGAAUGCAUAUACAAGAAUUCUGGCCAAGAAGUACCCCAGAUUCAUGAUCAAUUCUGUCUGCCCUGGCUAUGUGAAGACGGGGAUUAAUUGUUUUACAGGCAUUUUAAGUACAGAAGAAGGUGCUCAGAGUCCCGUGAGGCUAGCCUUAUCGCCUGCUGGUGGGGUUUCUGGUAUGUUCUUUUCUCGGACAGACGUCGUACCUUUUUGAUGAAGUUCGUAGAUUUGAAGUUUUCAAGAUCAAGAAAGAAGUACGUGUGAAUGUUGCAGACACAAAGAAAUCAAGAAUCUCACCAAGUAGGGGUUAAGAUGCAAUAUUUGCAAACUUUAAAUGACAUGGCCAGGCGCACACUCUUUUUUUUUGUCAAUAUAUAUAUUUCUAGUAGACAUUAUUUGUGCUGAAUUCUUAAUUUCCUGUUUAAUUUUCUUGAUACCAGGAAGUUCAGUUUCUGAAACUAAAA